GUAUGAAUAUCCCUCUUCUUCGAAGGGGAAGGAUGCGCUCUAAUCAAACCCUAAUAUUGCAUAUCACUGCUUUAUUGUCUUGUGAGUUGUGACCAGGCUAUCCCUGGAUCCAAGAUUUGUCAUGUACCAUUUUAAAUAGUUCAAGGAUACAAACAAGCCAAAAAUAUGUUCAGAGGCCGCAUUCAACUUUUUGGAAUAGUUAAGCUUUAGCCAUUUUGGGGGCAUGGGUGUACCUUAUACCUUUAUGAUAUUUUACUUUAUUCCUAAAUUUUAAAGCACAUUUCUAUGGGUAUACUUUUCUAGUUCAAGAUUUUAUCUUCACUUCAUCCAACUCCAGCAGUUUGUGGGUAUCCAACAGAAGCUGCACGGGUUUUAAUAGCAGAAACUGAAAUGUUUGAUCGAGGAAUGUAUGCUGGUCCUGUUGGUUGGUUUGGAGGGGAAGAAAGUGAAUUUGCAGUUGGAAUCCGAUCAGCUUUAGUUGGAAAGGGUCGUGGUGCAUUGAUAUAUGCUGGUACAGGGAUAGUAAAAGGCAGCAAUUCAUCUUCAGAAUGGGAUGAACUAGAGCUGAAGACGUCACAGUUCACCAAACUGAUGAAACCCGAGGCACCUGUAUUAGCAAUCAGUGGAGACAAUAGGAAGAUGGACCGAGGGGAUUGGUGAUUAUCAGUUAACAUUCAUUUGGUUUUCUCAUAAUUUAUGGUAUAUGAAAAAGAAAAUGAGAAAAAUGUGGCUAUUGGAGCUAUUAGGUGUAUGGAAUAUCAUAAAAGUAAUGAACAUAUUAAUUGUUACUAACAUAUUAAUUGUUAGUAAUUAGGCUGGGAGAGCUUGUAAGACCAUAGUAGCGGGAGAAGGGAGAGGCUAGGGAUCGACUUUUACAACGAAUAUAGUGGAAGACUCAGUUUGAACCUGUUAAUGUGGAGGACAAUGGCCUUUUGUCAAUACUGUGGUUUUUUAGGGUAUAAGAAGUUUCAACUUUGUAAAACAAAAGCUUAGGACGACACUGCAAGUGUGACUCCAAAUUUGUAAAGCAAAUUAAGCUCAAUUCCUUUUGCUGCGAAAUGGAUAAACUUCCACCUCCAUAUGUGAGCGGUUGGUUGAUCAUUUCAGGUUUGGAAAUUUUGCUUAUUCUAUUCAGCUUGAUUUCCCAGAUUGAUAAUUGAAACCAAAAUCAAACGAUAAUGGUUCG